AAGAUUAUUUUGGAGGGAAUUAUAGUGAUUUCAAGGAUUCCUAGCUCCAUCGGAUUCAAGAUAUUCAGUAAAAACAAGAAGAAAGAAAGAAACCUUAAACAUUGUAAAUUUUAUAACUGCUCGUGUGAUUUAAUUUAAUCAUUGAAGCAUUUCUUCACUAAAGAAUGCAAAUUAUAUAGAAAGAGUAUUUUUUUGACAUAUAACGCAUUCUGGUUCAAGCCAUGAGCAGAACGCCUGUCGAAACAUCCGCUGUGAGUUACCACGGCGGGCUUCAGGCCUCUACGCCCAUCACGAGUCCCGAGACGAUGCCCGAGGACGCUGGCUUGGACAGCUCCGAGGAGGAGCUGGCCUGUGAUUGGCUGGACGACAGCACGGUGGAGCUCCUGUUGCCGCUCGCACGGCAGAUCAGUGACGAAUAUCUCGGCACUGAGACAAAAACGACUUCCCUUCUCGAGAAAUGUGGUGUUGCUUAUCAUCAGUUCAGCGACGAAGCAAAGUGCGCCGUGGACUUCCUGGUGAAGCAAACACAGGUGUCGGUCGGAGGCACGACAGCAGCCAGUGCCGCGAUGUUCGGCAUGAAGCAAUUGGAGAAGAUCUCCAAAGACAGACAUCGCAGGAAGAUGGAGAGAGACGCAGCGAAGCUGAGGCAGACGCUGGCAGAAGUCACUCUGAGUCUGGAGACAACCAAGCAGAGACUGGAGGAGUUCGAGAAGCUCGUCGCGGAUGAAGAACUGUCGCUCGUGAAGAUGCAGCUGGAAAGCAAAUCCAAGUCUGCUAUAGAAAAGAAAAAGAAGAGGGCCGAUUCACUUGAAGGGAAGGUGCGCUGCCUGCGACUGGGGGAGGCGACCCCGGGGGCGUGCGAGGCUCAGCUCGACGCCAGGCGGGCGCUGGAGGAGGAGCGGGGGGUGCUGCAGGCGCAGCUGAAGGAGUUCCGCGACCUGCCGCCCGACACGGCCGAGGCAGAGGCCGUGCUGCGCGAGGCCCAGGGCGAGCUGGCCGCGCUCAAGAGGCAGCUCAAGACACUGUACAAGCCGUGAGCACGCCCCGCCCCGUCGUUCCAUGCCGUGUCUGCCGCUCGUUCCACCUCAUAAACAUAGCUUAUGUAAAUAUGUUAAGUCUUCUUCCUAUAAGUCAUUUUAAUUAUAUACAUAUUGAUUAUUCUUUUUAUAUCUACCAGUACAGAAAAACUUUAUAGCUGAGUACCAGCUGUAUGCAAAUUUAUUAGUUCUCUGUGCUAUGAUUUUACUUUCUUCAAAAAUGACAAUACUUGCACAUUUUAACAUUAUGUCACACUUUAAAAAAAAAAUUAACUGAAUGUAAAUACACAAAAAUAAAACGUUUUUGUAAAAUAAAAUUAAACCAGUCUGACGUUUAGAAUAGUUGAUACAAGCACCUACAAAUUGUGUCACCUUUGGUUUUGCUACAGUCCUGUUGAUUGAUGGUGCAAGAGAAAAAGAAGUACAUUGGCAAUAUUAUUUAUUUAUUUUUUUUUUUUUGAAGUUUGUUUGCUGUGUUACAAUCAUGAUGCACUGUUGUCCAUUCGUUCCAAAGUGACUUUUGAUUUCUAGUUUUUUUGAGACACAGAGAUAUUAGUCUAUGAAGUUGGUUUCUGUACUAAAGUUGAAGUCCACAAAGUCUUUAAAACAUGCCCAAAAAUUUACUUUUGUGUAACUUUUUUAUGUGCAGGACUCAAGCCAUUAAAAACAAGAAAAAUAUUUCAAAAUUCCAGCAAGUAUCUUUGUUGUGUCACUUGAUACCUCUCGUUCUUUAAAUUAUUCAUGCAAUGGGGAAUUUUGAUUUAAUGCAGUCUUUUUUUUUUUACAUAUGCCAUUGCAAUUUUGCACUUUUUAUCAUGGAAAAAUUUUGAAAACAAAAAAAUAAAUAAAAA